GCCGUGACUUCAGAAGGUGCCACACCCCUUUUUCUGGCUGCGCAAGAAAAUCAUCGGCAUAUUGCCCGUUUACUGCUUGAUGCUGGUGCUGACCCCGAUGCUUCCGGCACUGGCGGUGCUACACCCCUCUUCAUGGCUGUGCAGGAAGGCCACCUAGAAGUGGUGCGCUUGCUUCUGCGGGCAGGGGCAGACCAGAAUCGUGCAAAUUCAUUUGGCACUACAGCAUUAGGGCUGGCUUCCUAUCUGGGCAACCUCGAAGUUGUCCGGCUACUAUUGCUGGCAGGUGCUUCUGCUGAUGCUAAGUCUAAUGGCCUUCUUUUAGCAGCUCUUACAGGUCGCGCAGAUGUGGUAAGCCUGCUUGUGCUUGCGGGUGUUAACUGCAACGCUACAGGAGAUGGAGGCGUCACAGCGCUUUCUCUCGCCGCGCAGCAAGGCCACCUAGCUGUUGGACGACUUUUGAUCAAGGUAUGCAACUGCGACAUUGACAAGGCUGCGCAAGAUGGCUGCACUCCCCUGAUUUUCGCGGCACAGGGUCUUCACCUGGAGUUUGUGCAGAUGCUGAUCCGUGCAGGUGCGGACAAAGACAAAACCACCACGGAGGGCUUCACAGCUUUGUGUGAGGCCGCCUACCAGGGUCAUAGUAUGAUGGUUCAACUACUCCUUCAGGCAUGUGCUGACAAGAACAAGGCCACCAAGACUGGCCACACACCUCUGUCGUUGGCAUCUCAUGAAGGCCACCUAGAUGUGGUGCAGCUGUUGAUAGAGGCUGGUGCAACACUAAACUCCUCCCAGCCUGGGACUGCGCCUCUUUUCCUCUCAGCGCACAGCGGCCAAGUGGAAGUGACAAAGCUGCUGUUGGAAGCAGGGGCAGAUAAGGAUCAGGUCGGGAUUGAAGGCGCCACCCCUCUCUACAUCGCAGCCCAAGAAGGUCAUCAUCAAGUGGUUCGCCUGCUCUGCCAUGUCGGAGCGGACACCAAAAUUGCUACGUCAAAGGGGAUCACGCCCCUGCGUAUUGCAACCCAGCAAGGCCACCGAACAGUGGUGCGCUUACUCCUUGAGGCCGGAGCUUCCGCUUCCGAAGAGAUAAUGUUCGAUGGAGAGCCCCCAACCAUGACCGAGAUCAUGAAGGCUCCUGCAUCGCUGCCGUUAGCAGCUGCAAACAAUGAGCGUGGGGGUUCUUGGGCAUUGCCAGCCCUCUGCACA